AUGAUUUUGUGUACCAUUUUAUCCUUCGCCGCUGGCGUGGCGGCGUUAACACUUGAUAUCGCCUCGUCUGGUGGAAAUCAGUCCAGCCCUCUUCUCUACGGGCUGUUGUAUGAAGAUAUCUAUCACUCCGGUGACGGUGGUCUCUAUGGGGAGAUGAUUCGCAAUCGAGCCUUUCAAGGAUCCUCAUCCAAUGGAGCCGCAAGCCUGGACCGUAACACGGACUAUUGGCAUCCAAUUGGAGGGGUCUCGCUGGCUAUCGACACAUCCUCACCCGUGCUUUCUUCCAGUCUCCCCUACCAGCUGCGGAUGGACGUGCCUGCGGGGACAACGGGUGCCGUAGGAUUCUACAAUGAAGGCUUCUGGGGCUUCGAUGUGGAUGCGAGCAAGGAUUAUAUUGCCAGUCUCUAUAUGCGAGGCAAUUACUCUGGCACUAUUGACUGCUUCUUCCAUAGCAAUACGAGCGACCAAGUCCUCGGUUCGACGAGCAUAAGUAUCGAGCAAACGUCAUCUAACGGCUGGGUACAGAGCUAUUCCUCGAGCUUCAAGCCGAGCCGCACUGCGUCCGAUGCUAACAAUACGUUUCACUUCACAUUUGAUGGAUCGACGCUAGCUGGGCAGAGUGUGUACCUUAACAUUCCCAGCUUAUUCCAGCAGACGUUUGAGAACCGCAACAAUGGCGUGCGUGAAGACUUGGCCGAUGCGCUGCGCAACAUGAACAUGAAAUAUGUCCGGUUACCCGGUGGAAAUAACAUGGAAGGCAAUGGCUCGCCCUAUUAUUGGAAAUGGAACGAAACUAUCGGUUCACUCAUAGACCGCCCAGGCCGUCCAGGCACUUGGGGCGAUAUAAAUACCGAUGGAUUUGGUCUUCUGGAGAUGAUGCAGAUGGCGGGUGAUCUUGGUCUCGAAGUCAUUCUAGGCAUCUGGGCUGGAUUCUACCUAGACGGUGAGACCGUCUCUGAAGCUGAUCUGCAGCCAUACGUGGAUUCUGUCAUGAAUGAGUUGGAGUUUCUUCUGGGAGACAAAUCGACCACUUACGGAGCCAAGCGAGCGGCCUUGGGCUUCUCCUCGCCUUUCAUCAUCAAUUGGAUUGAAAUUGGCAAUGAAGACUAUCUGAAUGGGGGUACUGACUCCUACAAUUCAUACCGGUUCCAGGCGUUUUACAACGCCAUCCAUGCUGCAUACCCAGCUAUCAAGCUCAUCUCGACCAUCAACCCAAGUCCAGUGACAACCAAUGGCAGCUCAGUAGAUCUCCAUAUCUACGGUAAUGAGGACUACUUUACGUCUCUUUUCGGCACUUUCGACCAAGCCAGCCGCGAGUACCCUGUCUUCAUCAACGAGUACGCAGCAACCGGCGCUGGCUCUAACGCGAACCAGGAUGGCGCUCAGACUCUAGGCAUGUCCUGCGCAGAGGCCAUAUUCCUCUUAGGCUGCGAAAGAAACUCGGAUAUCGUUGUUGGCUCAGCCUACGGUGCACUGAUCAAGAACUACAACGAAGCCCCCGACACGGUGGCUGCUAUCAAGCAUACCGCCAACGAAAUUCUCUACACAAUCAGUUACUAUGUCCAAAAGCUAUUCGCGGAGAAUAUGGGCACGAGAACUCUCCCAGUCACCGCAACCAAUGGAGGAUUUGGCCCUGUUUACUGGUCUGCAACGGCGAACAGUUCUUCCACUAUUCUUAAGCUCGUCAAUUAUAAUGGACAGACCGGAUCGUCUAAUGCUGUAGUGGUCAAUGUGGAGGGCUCGUCCAAGUCUAGUGCUACUUUGAUCUCCCUUACUGCGCCCAAUUCCACAAGCGUGAACAAUUUGCCAUCUUUGGGAGGUGAAAGCAGUACCAUCACCACCACAACAUUGGCGGGAUCUGGUGGCAAUUUCUCUGUCAGCUUCAGCAAUCCUUAUGAAAUUGCUAUUUUGGUCAUCUAA